CCGGGGCCGCGGGCGCUGGGUGCGGGCGGAGGUGAUGGGAGCAUGAGUGACAAUGAGGGGCAUCUCCAAAGAGAUGGACCAGAGGCAGCCAAUGGACCCUGUGGGGCCAUCUCAGACUUCUUUAUGAGGGAAGCUGCUUCUCCUGCAGGCUGUGGCCAGGAAACAUCCCGUCUGAGGACAGAGCUUCUCUCCCAAGAGACAGGGCCAGGGAAGACUUCUCGGUGUGGCUUUCGGAAGCGUAAGGAGACAGUGGUGCCCCAGCGAGCCUUCAUGGGAGAGAAGCCCUACAUCUGCAUUGAAUGUGGGCAGAGCUUCAACCGCAGCUCUGACCUGAUCCGCCACCAGAGGAUCCACACUGGGGAGAAGCCCUACAUGUGCGCCGACUGUGGCAAGAGCUUCGGCCGGCGCUCCCACCUCAUCCAGCACCAGCGCAUCCACACAGGUGAGCGGCCGUACCAAUGCAAGGACUGUGGCAAGAGCUUCAGCCAGAGCACCCACCUGGUGCAGCACCAGCGCAACCACACUGGCGAGAGGCCUUACGUGUGUGCCAAGUGUGGGAGGAACUUCUACCAGAACUCAGGCUUGCUCCGCCACGCCAACUUUCACACGGGUGAGAAACCCUACAAGUGCCCCCAGUGCGGGAAGCGUUUCAGCGACAGCUCCAACCUCAUUGCCCACCAGCGGCUCCACACAGGAGAGAAGCCGUACAAGUGUGCUGACUGCAGCAAGUGCUUCAGUGAGAGCUCUAAGCUGGUCAUCCACCGUCGUGUCCACACAGGUGAGAAGCCAUACUUGUGCCCUGACUGUGGAAAGAGUUUCAGCCAGCGCUCGCAUCUUGUCCAGCACCGUCGCACCCACACUGGGGAGAAGCCCUAUAAGUGUGCUGAGUGUGGCACCUGCUUCAGUGACAACUCAACCCUUAUCCGUCACCGUCGUACCCACACUGGAGAGAAACCUUUCAAGUGCUCCCACUGUGGGAAGAGUUUCAGUCGCAACUCCUACUUAGUCUCACACCAGCGGGUGCAUGUGUGGUAAGCAGCAUCACUAGCUGUAGUCUGGGAGUGAUCUAGGAUGCAGUUUCUGGUCCAAGCCUGUCCAAAAUGUGCUUAAGGGACAAGGAGGUAGACAAGGAUGCAUCUAAACUGGGGCCCGUGGAUUAAAGACAGCUGACCAGAGUAAUGUUUUUGGCCCAUGUUGCCUUUUUCAGUCACCUUCCCCUCCCAACACACCUCAGGCAUGGACGGAAAGUGAGCAGUGGUUGCCAUGGGUAGUUCUGCAUCCCUGUACCUUCUUUCCCUGGUACCUAGAAUCAGGUGCCAUCUGCCACAUGGCCAAGGUGCAGAUGUUUUCUCCCACAUCCCCUUAAGAGGUGUCUGCCUGGGAGCCUGAGGAGAGAACGCACAACGUCCAGUCACAUGAUGAGAAGCCGCUUGUGUACAUGUAUGGCCAUGUCAAGGGAAAUAAGAUGGGUGAUGGGAUCCUAAGGGGUUUAAUUUCACUCACAGUUGAAAUGUUGUGAUCUAGAUAAUAUUGCACAGGUCUUUGGAAACUCACUGUGAUUGUUUUCUGAGCCAGCUCUGUAUCUCAUACGGCAGGCAAGGAGGUCAAAGCUAUGUAAGUCCUGCUGAGAAGCUGGACACUACAUUAUGCAUAUACAGUGUGCAGGCCAGCUUGAAGCACAAGCAAAGAACACUUGAGUCUGCUUGUAAGAGGAACAUGUAGACAUGCCGUGGCCCAGAGAAGGAAGGCAUACCUGCAAAGGUUUUCUGCAAAUGCUGCGUGGAUGGUAGGAACGAGGGAACUGUGGGAUAGGGACAUGGCCUGUUCUGGUAUCUCAGAACUUGUGGGUAACUGAUAUAGAAAAUUAUCAUACCUGAAGGCUUAAAAAAAUAAUCAGAAUUAUACUUGCUGCUGCUAAGACUGUGGUACACAACUUGACAGGAGUAUGGAGGUCGCCUGUGAAUUUGUACUGGUACUCUCCUAGUUCUGCAGAAUUUGGAAUCACAGAUACGGUUCAAGCGGGCUGGUGUAAGCUGUGUAACAAAAUAAGAACAACAGGACUGACCUGAUUCCAUACCAGUAUUCUUAAGUCCCAUUUUGACCAGUGUGCAUGUGUGUAAGUAAUAUCUAUGUGUGUCUAUUCACAUAUGUAUGAACUAGCUUUUGUACUGAGUGUAUUUUUUGCACUCAUGUGAGUGAUCGUACGCACAACGUGGCAGUGGUCAAAAUGGCCAGCUGAGUGAUACUACACCAUAUCAGUACUUCUCAAAACGCUAAAUAUACUAGCAUUUCUCAAUUAGAAGCUGGGAGAUGUUUUGUACCAAAAACAUUUGAAUUUUCACAUCAGUACAUUCAGUUUUAAUUUGCGUGUGUGUGUAUAAGAUCUGGAAUUGAGUUGUUUUAUUUAUAUAUCUGUAUAAAAAUGUGUGGCCCCUAUGGUUGUGAGGAAUGACUUCUAAAUGUCAUUCAGCGUAGUGCUCUUCCCCCUCCUUUUGCACAGGUGCAUAUCAGUGGCAGUUGUAGGAUGUACCUCUCUCAUAGUUUUGUCUACAAGGAAUUGCAGUGCAACACUUUACAUUAUUUUUGACUGGUUUGCUGCUGAUAAUUUUAGUGAUGAUACCGACUUGUGUGCUUAUCCAGUGCUGCUGGAGCUUAGAAGAGGUUUCUGGUUUUGCGAUGUACAUUACUGAUCCAGUAGCUGGCUCCAUGACUUCAGUAGGUCUCUGGAAAGAGGAACGCAGACUGGAGCCAAUGAAAGGACUGGAGCUGUGGUGGGGAAGAGAUGAAGGAAAUAAAGAUGCUGAGAAGAUCCACGGAUUGAGCAGCUACUGGCCAGGGGUGCUCGUAAAUGGCUUUCUCUGCUGAACUUGCUGCUCUGAAGGGGUUGCAGGGAUCCCUUCUGCAAGCCCCAAGCCACCUCUUGACACUCAGCUGCCUAUAAAAAGUUAUUUUCAUAUAAUUUUAUAAAAAGCUGUAGAAGGAGCAUGAAUUUGUUUGCAGCUCCUAGAAGAACAAGGCACCUUUAUGUGCAGCUGCUCAGGGAAGUAGAAGGAGCUUUCAGAAGUGGGGUGGGCUUUGUUUACACAGGAACCAAAGCCUUCGUUUGCAAAUGCACAUUUUUGCUUUUAGCUUUGUGUUUGUAUUUUGGGGUUUUUUUUAAUGAACGGCUUCAAACCAAUGUGUUUUUUAUUUCUGUUCCACUUCUGGAAAGUCAUUUGGAAAUGUGACUAGUCAUCCUCUAGUUGGUUCCAGAAGCAUCAAGAUUUUUGUUUGCUAGCAGACUUCAGAAGGAAUACUACAGCUCUCAGUCUCAUUUUUAACUGAAUUCAAAGGUUAUGCUGAGGUCCAGCUGUAGAACUGAUCAAUUUGUGUGGGUCUGUCCCAUUCCAGUUAAGUUUCCUGAAGGAAAUUCACAACACUAAAACUGUCUGGCUGAGAAGCCCUGUUUGCCGAGGAAAAGCAUCUCAUGAAUGCAACUUGUGUUUUGGCAAUCUGAACGGAGUCGCUGUAGCAGAUCAGUGAAAUCAAACCCAGGUCUGCACAUAGCUGAGCUCAACUCAAAGGGAAACCCUCACAUUGAGAUUCUGGUUUGAGAAGCCACCGGCCCCCGAAUAUGCCUUCACAGCAGUUUUUGGAACAUUUCCUUUCUACAUGCUUUGUGAAGUGCUAUGUAUACUUAACAGUGCUCUAUAAAAGGUUUGACGUGCAUUUAUUUCUAAGGUCUUUAUGAACUUAUUUAAAACUGUAGCCAAAUCAAAGUGGCCUUAGGGUUCACAGCACAUUGCCAGUGCAGUAGUUUUGGUGGCUAGGAUUGGAUUGCUCACCAGUGUAAGCACAUUUCUGGAGCUCCUUUCCACAGCCACUGUUAGUUUUCCUUGUUCAGUGUCACUUGGCUGGAAUAAUCCCCUUCCGCUAGCCUGUCUGCCCUUUACUGUUUGUGAUUGCCUAGCUGGAGAGGAGAAUCUGGGCACCACCCUUCCUUUGCCAUUGCAGAAGUUAUGGAGUAUGUUCCUCUUCUCCCGGGGAUUUAAUUGCUUUGUGAGAAGCACAAACUCACAAGCUGAAUUCAGAAGACAGAGAUAUGGGCAUACACAAAAAGUUAAGAACCAGAGGCUUUACUUUCACAGCAGCUCACUGGCUUCUCUACCAGCUGUCAUCUCCCUCCGGAUCAUAGUGGGAGACUAGUGGAAAAAGCAAAAGAUAAUUGGCUAUUCUCAUUCCAGCAGACCAUCCCUAGCACACUCCAUCCCAGACCUGUGGUCAUCAGCUGGUGCCCAGAUCUUCCUGCCAGCUGAAGGAGCUCUGUAGAAUACUGUAAUUUCCUGUUGUGGUAAUGGUGCUUAGAUGCUACAGUGAGACUAUGGCACUUCAGAAAUACUGAAGGUAGACAAAUGGAUGAACGAUGUCUCUAAAAUAAAAA